CUACACGCUUUCUCUCUCUACAUUAUGGUAGUCCUUCGCUCGUCCACCACGCUGUCAACGGGUAUUCCCAAGCCAAAAAAACAAUCUUCUUCACACAUUCCAUUCUCCAGAGACAUUCCAUGCUUUUGAGAUCCCAUGGUGAUCGGGUGCGAUCUUUCUUUAGGAUUUGCAAGAUGUCCGUAUCUUCCCAGCACCAUAAAGACCUAAGGGAUGACACACCAAACUAAUUUGGUUAUUAUAGGUGUUUCUGUUGGUGUGGCCAUUGGAUUAUUGGUGGCAUUAUGUGGAUUUAUCUUCGUGAGGCUGUACAAAAAGCGUUCUCAACUUCAACGUCGUGGCAGUGAACAAAGCAGGGGCUCUCUGCCAAUAUAUGUAAAUGGAGUGGAUUCAAGUAUGGUGCUUUCAGGUUCAGAAGUUGUUAAUGGGGCAACCAAUUCAGUAAAAAGAGGUAAUCAAUGGUCUUGGUGGGGAAGCCAUGAUAAAGAUAUUGUCAUCUCAGCCUCUGGCAUUCCAAGAUACUCAUACAAGGAUGUGCAAAAAGCCACACAAAAUUUCACUACUAUUUUGGGGCAGGGUUCUUUUGGUCCAGUUUAUAAGGCCACAAUGGCUACAGGUGAGGUGGUGGCAGUGAAAGUCCUUGCAUCAAACUCAAAGCAAGGCGAGAAGGAAUUUCAGACAGAGGUGUUUUUGUUAGGUAGAUUGCAUCACAGGAAUCUUGUCAAUUUGGUCGGAUAUUGUGUAGAUAAAGGGCAAUACAUGCUGCUCUAUGAAUAUAUGAGCAAUGGAAGCUUGGCGAGCCAUUUGUUUAGUGAAGGUCCAUGCAAGUUGAGUUGGGAGGAAAGGCUUCAAAUAGCUGAAGAUGUUUCACAUGGAAUUGAGUAUCUUCAUGAAGGGGCAGUUCCUCCUGUUAUACAUCGGGAUAUCAAGUCUGCUAAUAUAUUAUUAAACAGUUCGAUGAGAGCAAAGGUGGCCGAUUUUGGAUUAUCCAAAGAAGAGGUCUAUGAUGGACGCAACUCUGGAUUAAAGGGCACAUAUGGGUACAUGGACCCCGAUUAUAUGUCAACGAGCACGUUCACAAAGAAGAGUGAUGUUUACAGCUUUGGCAUCAUAAUGUUUGAGCUCAUCACUGCCAUAAAUCCACAGCAAGGUUUAAUGGAUUAUGUCAAUCUUGCGGCCAUGAGUGCAAAUGGUAAAGUGGGGUGGGACGAAAUACUUGACAAGGAGCUUGUUGGCAAGUGUGACCCCGAAGAAGUUGGUACUAUGGCGAGCAUCGCUUACAAAUGUGUGCAAAAAUCUCCUAGAAAGCGGCCUAACAUAGCAGAAGUCUCUCAAGCUUUGUCGAGGAUAAGGCAGAUCCGGCUUCGUAGAGAAGGAUCCCCAUCUUUCAUAGGUGGUGAAAUAAUCCAUGUUGUGAAGCGAAUAGAGCGACAGCAGAUUGAAUUAAGCAACAUGACCAGCAUCAAAGGAGUUUAGGGAUGAUAGAUACUAUGCACAAAGAUGAGAGAGAGGAAGUGGGGGACAGAUGAAGCAAGGAGCUUCAUUCACAGUUUGCAGGCCUUACUGUGGUCUGGUGUAGGGUAAGGGAAGAAGUUUUUCUAGUUGUAAGUAUAUAUAUUUGGAUGAGCCAUGGUUUUUUCCUUCAAAAUUAAACGGCUGGCUUUUGCCACAUGAAGUGUAACAACUGUCUCUCUCCCUCUAAGGUAAAGUCGGAACCGAUCCUGACUUGGGUUGGGUUCAAGUCAAUUGAACCCCGCCUGACUUGGGUUGGGUAUAAAAAUUCUCUCUC